UUCAGCGCCUCCGUCUGAUGAGAGGAUUGAUUCGGCAGCACAGCGCCGUUACAAUUUGCAAUGGCUGCAGCUUUGUCCCGUGCUCUCAAAUUGCCUGGGAAGAAGGGCUCGGAGCUUGGAGAGUAUGACCCCCUCACUCAGGCCGACAGUGAGGACGAGAGCGAGGAGGACGACCUGGUCCUCAACUAUCCCCGUAAUGGUCUGGGGAGGGGCAACUGCAUGGGUACAGGUACCUCAGAGCUGAGAGGGAGCAGAACAGGGAGGCUCGUAGGGGAUGACGAGGAGGCAGAGGAGGAAGAGGAGGAUGAAGAUGAGUGGAGAGAACAGCUCCCUGGAAAAAAGAGGCAGGAGAGAGAGGAGAAGGGCAUGCAGUACUGGAGCCAGAGGGAGACAAACAGGGAUGAGGGAGUAGAGGAUGGAGGGGGGCUUGGGGCCUCUGGUGGCCCUGGAUUGGGUGUCAGUGCCAGUGCUGACCCGGACGGGAAGAAGGCUAAGGUGAGGGGAGCCAUCCGGGCAGCGUUUUUCCUGGUGCCUCUGGUCUGUGCCAUGCUGGUGGUGCUGCUGUGUGCCUUUCUGGUGCCUUGUCAGCAUGGGGAACUGGACAAACGGCCACAGUGGGAGAAAGAGCUGGGUGAUCAUGUGGGAGGUGUUACCCCACCUCCUCUUGCACUGUGGGAUGUUGACAAUGACUCAGUUGAGGAUGUGCUAAUAGGAGUCACUCAAAAGAGCAACAAUACCCAUCUCUCCCGUUCUGUGGGGAACAACAAAGAGUACAGUGUGGUGGCCCUAUCUGCAUUCAGUGGUGAGGUGCUUUGGAGGAGGGUCCUCAGGGAUCCUGUGGAGUCCAUCCAGUGUGGGCUGCAGUACGAAGCCCACCCAUCACCACUGCCAGCAGGGGGCGCUGCCCUCAGAGCCCUCCCUAACAGCGCCAUUCCCCUAUCUGCCCAGAGAGACAGAGCUCGCGGCCCCGUGUGUCUGCUCAUCGAGUCUGCACACCUCACUGCUGUCAACGGCACCACAGGGAAGAAGCUGUGGUCAGUAGCACCAGGGGAGAUCCAGUCCCAGGCAGUUUCUCUGCCAGAUCUCCAAGGUGACUCUGUUCCUGACUUGCUGAUUGCCACUUUACCUGCUGACCAGGUGUCUGACCUCUCACUGCUCCUGCUGUCUGGGCUGACUGGAGCUCUGCUUGGACAUCCCGUGACCUUUAACCUCACGACCUUUAAUGUCUCUGGAAAGCUGAUUGGUCCCCUGUUUCAUGAGACACAGCUGGGGGCAUAUUACAUUUUAUUUGGACUAGGCACUGUAGAGGCUGUAUCCCUGGGAGAUAUUUACACUCGGGCUACUGGAAAAACACCCAUAUCCCCUGGUCUGAGACUGAAGGACCCCGGCUGGGAGAAGCUUAGGAAAACCAACUCCUCCCUCAUACACAUCUCCAGUGGAACUGAGCAAGUGGAGUUCUUGGUCCCCCUAGUGGCUGGCUUGUGUAACAACCACAACAGCCUGGACACUAUCUCCAACCUCAACUCCAGCCGCAGUGACUGGGUGCUGGUGUGUGGCAAGCUCUCCAGCAAGCUCUCUGUGCUGAGAGAGAAGGACGCACACACCGAGUGGACUCUUACCUCCUCAGCCAUACACAGUCGUCCAGCACCAGGCCAAUUCAACGAUGAUGGAAUCCCAGAUCUCCUCAUACAGAAGUCUGGCGCCCCUAGAAUGAGAAAAGUUCAGGUGGUUGAUGGAGCCAGUGGGCGUAGUCUGUGGGAGACAGAGUUUAUUUGUCCACGCCUUGACCUGGAAGGUACCUCAAUCAUGACAUCUGGUCAAUCAGCUUUCCUUUUCUGGGCCGGUGACCCCGUAAGACCACCAAAGAACCUCACCAAGACAACUGUGGCACCAGGGGCGGUUCAAGCCAUGCCAGUCAUCCGAAAGCUCUACAUGUUACAUCCUGCAUAUCCCACAAUCCUCCUGGAGCUCGCCAGCACCACAGACACCAUUCUUACUGCUGCAGUGAGUUACCAGGAGCCGCAGAAGGAUGCCUCCUACAUUACUGUGUCCUCCCGGCCUACCUCUGGCCUGGGGCCUGGGUCUCGGGUGGUGAAGAGCACGAGCCUCAGGGCAGCAAUCACUGCUGGACAGAUUGUGAGGCUGGGAGAGAGCAGCACCGCAGGGGUACCAGUCAGACCUGGAGUAUUUGAGAUAAACAAGUUCUUCAGGCGUCUCACCUUCAAAAACCAUUAGGUAAAAGUUGAGGGAACAAGAGGAGUUAUCAUUUGCUGGUUCUACAUGAUCCGAGGGAAACCACUGGCGGGACCAAACCUGUGGAAACCCCAUGAUACACACCAAGUGAAGGAGAUUUAUCUCAAGCUGUUUACAUUUCCACUUUUGUCCAAAGUACGAUUUUAAUUUAUAUUAUUACUCAUCUCACUUGCUGAAAUAUAUUUAUUUUGCUGUAUUUGUAUUAUAUGUGUAUAUAUUAUGAGUUGACUUAUUUAUUUAUGACCAGUCCUUUUUAUUUAAUAUUGAAUUUAAUAUAUCAUUGACUAUUUACCUUGUUUGGGGUGAAUGGAAAUCAAAAUAUGGAAGUAAGUACAUAGAAUAAACUUCUGGAGAUCAAGCACAAUGAUUUGAAAGGUAGGGGUGUAGGUGGAAGGUGUCCAAUGGCACCUCACUCGUUUAGUAUAUUUUUAAUCUACAGAAUGAGAGGCAAUUACCCAGUUCAUUCCUCCAAAUACAUUCAUUCCCCUCUCAUAUGCACUUUUUUGAAUUAGGUAAUUGUGGUCUGUGUUCAAGCAGAAUUACCCAGUUAUGUAAAGGGGGCCUGUACAUAUUUUGGCUGUGGGGUAUGUUGAGCCAUUGUUUUACAUUCAGCAUCACUACAUCAAGAGAAAUACUGUAUUCGUUCCAACAUUGAUAUCUACAUAUAUUUCAGGAUGUUGUGUAUCCCUGAAAAUAAUCAGAAUUCAUGUAAAUAUUUAAGUUUUGAAAACAGCUCAUAAAAAAAGUGUCUUGUUGGCACAAUUUACCCUGGGUAUGCAUAAGGACAGGGUGAGUUGAGCUGCCUUGGGGUAAGUGGGUGCUGGUAGGUCAAAGUUUCAUUCAUGGAAUGGGGGUGUGGUGUUUUGUGUAUCUGAAAUGUAUGUCUACAAUCAGAUAUAUAUCAGUCUAUUCAACAUCAUCAACACUUCCAUUUCAUGACCAGUUGUCAGGGAUGUUGUUUCCAUGUGCCAAUUCACAGGCAAGUUCUCUGCAUGAGGCUACAUAGCCCAUAAAUGCAAAAAUAUAUAAAUAAUUGUGUACUAAGCCCACGAAACUGGUCUGCGAGAUUCUUGAUAUGUUUAGCAAGCUCAGGCUGACAUCAGAUAAGACCUUGUGUGCCUCUGCUACUUGGUCACAUGAUUAAUGUUGUUGUAUGGUUUCUUAGAAACAAGGGGUGGCUAAUCUAACUUUAUGGCUCAAUUUACCCCACUCUCUCCGACAGUAUUUAUUGAUAAGCUACUUACUGAAAGGUUUACAUUUCUUUAAUCAAUAACUAUUGUAGUGAUGAUACAUUAUUACCGAGUGCCAUGUGUGGUAACUGUGCAUCUUAUUGCCAUUGGUAUUUGUAAAUAUUAAUAUUGCUGAAAUACUAGAAAACAUUUACAGAUCACAUGAAUAAAUAAAUGUACUGCUGCAAUUCUUGCUGCUACAAAUGUAGUGUUUUGUAAUACAACUGUACUACGGAUUCAGCUCCGUUCGCAAUAAAUUAUCAUAAAAACA